CUCGAAACGGAAACAGUGAAAGCGCUCGCAGAGAAGUUAGUAAAUUAGUAAAAAAUCAUAAGCGAACACCCACGCGUGAAUAAUUAUUGUUGAGUUAUUGUGUAUGUAAUAUUGCUUGAUUGAAAAGUUGAAAAGUGAAAAAAAUUUUAGAAAAAUUAACAAAAUAUAUACAAAUACAUACAUGCAUAUUGUAACGGCGCAUAAUUCGAAAUCGCAAUAGACGCCUAGCUCAGCUCUCCAAGCGUGCAUUUGCUGCUCGUGCCGGCAUCGUGACUACGACCAGCGCAUAUGUGAGUGCGUGUGUGUGCGUGCAAGUGCAACGUUGCUGCCAGAAUAUCCGUUAUGCUGACAAUGCAAUUUGCGCAAAGACUGUUUGUGCACAAAUAAGCUCUAAAAUCUUUGUUGUGAUAAAUAAUAAUAAUAUUAUUAUUACCCGAUGCGAGAUUAUAUGAAAUAUUUUGAGAGCUGUGUAAAUAAAGUGAGAGUGUUGUGAGUUUUAUUUACGAGUAAAUAAAUAUAAAACGAGUGCUUUUUGGAAUUGUUGUUGGCACACAACAACUGUACAACGUAAGCGGGUAGAAAAGCUCUUAGCAACAUGUUGACAACACAUCAUUUGCCACAUCUGCAUCAUCAUCGUGGCAGCACAGCUGUGGAGUUUCAUACAGUCACAAAUCCGAGUACGCUCAUUGUGGAAAUCAACAGCCAAGUGGCGCUCUUCCGUGAUAUGCUAAUACAUGUGGGCCAAGCAAGGGACUGCCCCGAAUUGCGGGAGAAAAUUCGUAAAUUGCGCCGAACCUGCGUGGAGGCGUGCAAGCACACGGGUCAGAUAAUCAUACCGCAGGUGAAAAGCGCUGUCAGCGAAGGCGUGCUCACCGAUAAUCCACAUCUUGUGCUGCUCUUUUAUCUGGCGCAACGUUUCCUACACGAACUAAUAAAAAGUUAUCGCCUCAUACAGGUGGUGCCAAUGGACAUGUCCGGUUAUUAUGAGAACCGUGCUGGGCCCUCGAAUCUCGGCAAUGUCAUCAGUCAAAUACUGCUUUGCAAACAAAUAACACCCGACUUCAAUCAAGAGGAAUUAUGCAGCAUUACGAAGGAUUCGCAGGAGAUAGCUGUGCUGCUGGCCGAAAUGCAGGAGUACAUGCCGCAGCACGACACAUAUCUCGAACGCAGCGCCGCGCUUGACUCGGCGAAGAGCAGUCACAACUUCAUUUACAAGAAUAUGAGUUUGCUCUGUUGUAUGUCACGUCCGAAAUAUCUCUGAGAGGAAACCUAGGGUCUGGUGCGGGGCCAGUGCCCCGUUGUGAUAACAACGACACAACCAGCAGUCACAACAGCAACAACAGCAAUAGCGGCUGAAACGGCAAAAGCUACAGCAGCAACAACAACACCUGCUGCACCAAUGUCAGCUGCCAACACUGUCGUCGCAAUGACAACAACAACAACAACAGCGACGUCAUCGUCAGCAACAACAAACCCAACAUUAAGCAAAUGGACGGACACACUGUGUCAAUUGUGUCGAACAAAAAAUAAUGCAAAUAAUACUUCAUAGUAGGCAAUUAAGAUGCAGGCGUACAUUAAGUAGAUAAAUAGAAAGUAAAUAGCAAUUAACAAUUAUUGUGGUUGGGCAUAUAUACUUAUACUAUAUAUUGUAUAUACAUAUGUAUGUGCAUAUGAGUUGACUAGUUCGUACGCGUAGUAGUAAAGACACCAAGCAAGCAAGCACCUAAGCGAGUAAGUAAAUCCUUAGCCGUUAGCUAAUUAUAGGCAAACCAACAAACAAGCAAAGUAAAAGUCAAUAAAUAUAAUGAUAAAUGCGGAAAUUACUUUUUUGUUAAUAACGCACACUCGCAUACAUACAAACAUACAUACAACUUUUUGGUUCACACAUCUGUAUAUAUGCCUUAACUUCCGUACCUUUGUCCAUUCCCAAUUGAGUUACUAAAUAUAAUUGCGGUGCACUUAGUUAAAUAUAGAUUCAUAAAUACACAUACACAUAUGUAUUAUAAACGCACACUCACCCACACCCACACACGUGCAUGUACACCUACAUACAUUAAAAGCUUUCAGCAUUUUCAAAAUAACUGUAUUUAAUAGCGACUAAGUAAAGUAAUUAAUUUAUAGGUUAGCAUUAAAAUGAAUUAGUAAAAUCAGAUAUUAGCAUGUGGCAAGUCCGUGCUCUUGUCGUUAUUGGCUGCAUUAAUGAAAUUAAAUUUGAUUUUAGUUAUGCGGUGGCGUGCAGAAUAAACUUAAAUGCCAAACAAUAAUAACAGUAACUUUUGAAAGCGAAAUUGUAGCAAAAAUUUCUAAUAUUAUGUGAUAAUUUUUUAAUUUAUUCAAUUUGUUCCAUUAAUUUGAUAUUGUUUCUUAAAUAUGCGAAUCUGAAUUGUGAAAAUGAAAUUCAACACCUAAAUUUGAUUAAUAGGUUUUUUAUGUUUACAUUGCUCUGAAGAGAAGAGUUUAAUGAUAUUUAAUAUUCAAAAUAAACAUAGAAUUUGUCAUACAAAUAUUCAUUUCAUGAGCACCAGAUAGCUAAACUCCAAACUUCAUUCUUAGAAUAAUUGUAAUUUAUUCAUAAACUCAAAAUUUUAACGUGAGUUUGUCGAGAGAUGUUUUUUAAGGUUGCUUUUUCUCAAUUUUAUAAUUUUUGUUUAUAAAAACUUUCUUUAAAAAACUUAAAAAAUUUCUUAUUAUUUUUUCAAGCGAUUUCUUUCACUUCAUUUAUGCAUAGUAGUAAGGGAUUGUUCUUAUACUUUAGCAUUUUUACCCUAUUAAGCCAGCCCGUACCAUCGAAAGUCGGCAUGGACGUGCAUGGGUCUCCAUUUAAUUUUGUGAAGAGUGCAUACAAAAGUUUCAGCUCUACCACUUUCCAUAUGUCCUGAGUAAUAUGCUCAAAGGAUUGCUUGUUCAAUGAGUAUCACGAUUAAAUGCCUCUUCACUACCUUACUGGCCGUCGCUGCUCCUAGUUGAAGGUUUUUCCCGAUCGAGCAUGACGUUUGGCUGUAUGGUGUCGCAAUCAUUCCUCGGUCGAUUAGCCUGCCUUUCCAGCAGAUAGCUACGUUUUGCCUGCAAUUUCUAGCUUAAUCCGUUUUGCGAAAUAAAAAUUGCUGCCGCAACCUUUCCGUAAUUGGCAGUUAAGUCCAGACUUUCACCGUCGGUUUAUAGAACGCUUGCAUUUUAAACCUUUCCUUACUGGAUUUGGCCUUCGACCUUGUUUUUAUCGCCGAUAUAGCACCCUUGUUGUACCCGGGAGAACAUAACAGAGGCUUCCCUUUACGCAAUGUUGACGCUUUCGUGGUAUUCGAGUGUUGUAGUACCUCUAUGUUUUUUUUUAACUUUAGUCCGCUAAACCUAGCCGCCUCCUAACUCAAGACUCUCCCGUGGAACCUUGGGUUAAGUAUUAUAUCGUAGGGGUCACAAGAUAGUUAAGUUUGCUCUAUUCUGAGGACUGACGAAUGCUUAAUCUGUUGAAAAAGUCUCAGUUUCGUCGUUAUGAAUGCUAACGUCUCUCUAACAGCUUUCCAUAAUACAUAUUCAAAGUGUCCUAUAUACCCUUUACACGUCGGACAGUUCGGACAAAUGUUAUUGUGGAAUCUGUAAAAGUAGCUUCUAAAGCAUCCAUGUCCACUAAGUAUUUGGGUCAGUUGGAAAUCCAAGUCUUCAUGUCAUCUAUCCACAAGUGAAUGUCCGGUAUAGGCUGUGGGUCCAGCGCCCAUUGGAUGAGGAAUGCCAUCGCUGCUGCGACAGUUUGGUGCUCUUGUUGCUCUCUACUGUCUUUGCCGAUACUUUUGUAGGCGCUGAUAACUGAUAUAAUCGCUCGAGUUCAUCUUUUUGGAGGUGGUAUUUUGGCUCUCAUUGCUUUUUCUAUUAAAAAUCAGCUUUGGUAGCAGCACUACUUCCUUCUUUGAUAGUAGAAGUAUACAGCAGUAAACGCGCAAUUCACUCAUUGACGUUUGGACUGAUAUCACAGCACGAUUUUACUCUUUAACCCCCCUCCCCCUUAUUAUGUUUUAGUUUCAGAGGACCUCUACUCCUAGCGUUUUAUUCCUACCGCCAGGUACCUAAUUACAAAUGACAAAACCAGUGUCGUAUACAAAGAAAAUUACCAGGUAUAUCAAGACCUACUCUAAAAACUUGUCCAAAUGCAAUUCUCUAAAUAUUAAGUUCUCCUGCUAAAUAAUUUGUUCGAGAUAUUGACAAUACGGCUAGAAGUAGAACAGUUUUCAAGCUCGGCUUUUUUGAGUCAUAAUUGUUGCCUACAUUUAGGGUGUUAUUCCAAGACAAUAUUUUUUACAACACGUACCUGAAGGAAAUUUUUUUACCGAAAGGUUCUAAUAAAUUGAAUUGUUGAAGGAAAUGCGGAACAAAAAUCAUUGCCACCUUAAUUUUUUAAAUUGUAGACCUCUUCGAACGAUGACAAUAUGGCUUUCAGUAUAUCAGUUUGGCAAUUCUUAUUGAAUCAAAAAUCGCUUUAUAUGUAUACAUAGGAAUGAUUGUAAAUUUGACAUUUUAAACUAGCUCCAUUAUUAACCUUUAUUUGCUCUUAUGACUAGACACUGUCUUACCACUACUUGCCGUUCACAUAAAUUACUCCAAGUUCGUUAAGCACGUCGCCCAUUUUCCAUACUAACUACUUUCCCGUUAAUUACUGAUGUCAAUGCAGAAUUAGCUGCUGUCAAUUACUUUAUGCUCUCUUGCUGCUCUUCGAAAGGAAAGUUUAUUUAGUUUGAACUGUUUGCACUCAAACAACAACGCUUCGCAGAAAAAAAGUCAGCAUUAUGACCAUAAAUGGCAGUGAAAGCGCUUUUCAUGUCUCCCCGUUGACACACUUUGUUAGCCAGUUAACUGCCAGUGGCACAUUUUUACCAUUGAGCUACUCGAAAAAAAUAUCAGGCUAAUUGAGUAGAGUGAUUACUUAGUAAGUGUAAUUAUGGGGUUUUGUGGAUCAAUACACGUGUUUAUUUUUAGUUGCCGAAAUUGAUAUCUAGAUAAAAAAAAUCAAUAUUUUUUAAUGAAGUAAAGAGAGUUUGCUUUAUAAAAAAUGUGGGCUAUUAAAUAUAAAUUAUCUUCCUUUCAUUAGUGGUAAUAGACGCUUUAGUUAACGCUAUCUCGGUGGAUGACUCUACUAAAUAAUAUCGCUCCUAAGUGUAGGCAAAGUUUUCCACUUUUAAAGCUAAGAUAGAUAUGAUUUUAAUAGAAGGAAGCUUUCCUUUUAAAAACAAAGGAAUUUUUUAAAUAUUCCUCAUGUUCAUUUAAUUUAUUUUAAUUUAAUUUAAAUUUAUUUAAUUUAAUUUUAUUUUAUUUUAUUUAAUUUAAUUUUAUUUUAUUUUAUUUUAUUUUAUUUUAUUUUAUUUUAUUUUAUUUUAUUUUAUUUUAUUUUAUUUUGUUUUAUUUUAUUUUAUUUUAUUUUAUUUUACUUUAUUUUAUUUUAUUUUAUUUAAUUCAAUUUAAUUAAAUUCAUUUCAAUUUACUUCAACUUAAAUCAGAGUCAACAGCUUCAAUGCAGCCAAUUAGUAAAAAAAUUCAGUCAAAACAUGUACAUUUUUAAUAAAAAAUUAAAAUUUCACAAUCACAUAAAAGAAUUUGUGCACGUCACUUUUACAUACAUACAUAUAACAGCAACCUAGUUCAAAGCAGUCAAUUUGAGUGUACAAAUAAUCUGUAUAUGUAUUUGUAUUGUCGAGCAUAAAAUUUCUAAAAUAAAUAUAAGCUUAGCUAUAUCAAAUUUAAAUAAAAAAGUAUAUAUGUCUGUACUUUCAAUAUAACUGUACAUAGUUUCGCUACAAAACUCACACAUAUAGAGAAAAAUAUCUAUAAAAUCAAAACAAUGCAUUCAAAAUCUGCAACAAAGCAAAUCUAUAUUCAAUUCAAUUAUAAAUAUUACAAAAAAACAAAAACAAAUACAUGCAUUUGCUGGUGCUAACAAAGAAAAUCACACAUAAAUAUCCACAUACCGCUCAUAAUUUGCAGCAGUUAUACCAUGUAUCCGUGCAUUUGCCAAUAAUUAAUUACAUUGUUCGAGUUUUGGCUGAGCGACCAUGCCUUUUGUAUAAACAAACCGCAAAUGCAGAAAUAUAUAAACAAUUACAAAAGCAUGUGUCCUAUAAUACUGCUAUAAUAGCUGUGCUGUGGCCAGCAAUGCCAGCAUUAGAUGCUGCUGGAUGCUACGGGGCCUAUGAGUAACAUCAAACUAAUGCAGCAAUUCGUGCCAGCAGUUGCUGCAUUUACCUUGACAAUUUAGAGCUUUUGUUUUAUGUAAUCAUUAAAUU